GGUUAUUCGUUUAUAAAUGUAGUAAUCGUUUUUUGCAUUCCUUGUGACUGUUCUUUUAAUUUCCGUCUUCACAAAGGCCAGCUCCAAAAUGUCUAAAAGAGGUCGUGGAGGUACCGCUGGUGGAAAAUUCCGCAUAUCUCUUGGUUUGCCUGUUGGCGCCGUAAUGAAUUGUGCUGAUAACACCGGUGCUAAAAAUUUGUAUGUGAUUGCUGUUCAUGGAAUUCGCGGUCGUUUAAACCGCCUCCCAGCUGCUGGCGUUGGUGACAUGUUUGUUGCUACGGUUAAAAAAGGCAAACCUGAGUUACGGAAAAAGGUUAUGCCUGCUGUGGUAAUUCGUCAACGAAAACCCUUUAGAAGGAGGGAUGGUGUUUUUAUAUAUUUCGAGGACAAUGCAGGCGUCAUUGUAAAUAACAAAGGCGAAAUGAAAGGUUCUGCAAUAACUGGUCCUGUUGCAAAAGAAUGUGCGGACUUGUGGCCGCGUAUCGCAUCUAAUGCAAGCUCAAUUGCUUGAUUCAACCAAUAAACAAAUUACACAUAAA